AUGUGCGAAGAAGUCAAGGACUACCGGGAAUGCCACCGGUGCCAUAACCUAGAGUUCAUUUGCGACCUCCCAGAUCGGCCUUGCGACAAGGUCAUCAUUGAGUAUGGCGCCCGCGCCAGGGAGAACGCAGGCAAGUGUGGCCAGGUACACCCGAAGUCGGUCAUCUCGAUGCCCGUGUUGCCCUGCGAGUCGUGCCUGGAGGAGAUACGGCGCACAGCGGGAUACGAUUAA